AGGUAAAAACGAAAAGUAAACAAUUGGUAAACAAAAACACAUGGAAUUAUUGUGAAAAAUGUUUUUACUUUAACCUUUAAACUAAGCUUUAAAAUAAAUAAAUAAUACAUUAUGGCAGGAUUACUCUUAAGUAGAACUGAGAAAGUUUAUAUUGUUAAUGGCAUUGAGGAAGAUUUCAGGUCAGAUGGUCGCUCCAAUUAUGACUACAGGCCCAUUGAGUUGGAGACAAAUGUCGUGAGCCAUGCAAGUGGGUCGGCGAGGUUACGAUUGGCCAACACUGAUAUUCUUGUUGGUAUUAAAACAGAAGUAGAUAUUCCAAAACCUGAAACACCAGGAUUAGGAAAGAUUGAAUUUUUUGUUGAUUGCUCAGCCAAUGCAACUCCAGAGUUUGAGGGAAGAGGUGGAGAACAAUUAGCUAACCGUAUAUCCAAUAUACUCCAAAGAGCCUACCACGCAUCUCAAGCAUUUAAUCUCAAACAGUUGUGUAUCUUUGAAGGAAAGCAAUGUUGGAAACUCUAUGUGGAUAUUUUAAUACUUGAAUGCGGUGGAAAUUUAUGUGAUGCUGUAUCAUUGGCAGUGAAGGCUGCACUUUUUACUACAAGAAUACCAUUUGUCAAAGCAGCAUUAAUGGAUGGUGGAGAUGUGGAUUUACAGUUAUCUGAUGAUCCUUUUGAUAGUAAGCCUUUGGUGGUUGGGACUGCCCCAUUGUUGGUUACACUGUGUAAAAUUGGAAAUAAAUUUGUAGUUGAUCCAUCAGCUGAGGAGGAAUUUUGUAGCAUUGUAUCAGUUGUCAUUGGUGUGUCUGGUAACCCUGCACAUUACACUACAGAAAAAAUCGAAAAUGUAGAGAGUAAAUUCACUACUAUUGGCAUGAGCGGGGUUGGAGGCCUAGUUCCUGAUACAUUGAAGAGUGCUAUUAGUCAGGGAAUCGUUGCUGCAAAGUGUCUUGAUAGUGCAUUGGGAAGAUCUUUAUUGCGCGAAAGACAAGAUAUUUGUUCAUAUAAAAAAGAUUCAUAUGGUUUCUUAAAAUAAAAUAAAAAAACAAUUUUUGAAUACAAUUAAUGAAGCCUUGAUAUAAAUCUGAAUUUUGUAAAUUUUACACUAAAGGCAACACAAGAUUCAUUAGCAUCUGCUACUUAUCGCGGAUUGUUUAUCGUGGACUGAACUCGUAAUUUAUCGUACUCGUAUAAUUUUCGGCGAUGUUUAAAAAAAACAAUACAUAUAGUUAACAUAUAACAUAACUAAAUUGGGUUUGAAAUAAAAUAUAAUUGGUCACCGAAAUACCUUUAUUAGAUUAAAUAGAAGAAAAAUAAAUUAUUCUAACAUUUCCACCACCAAAUAUCACAAUACAGUCCUGUAAUCAAUCACUUAUCACAAUAUUUUUAAAAGAAUAAUAUUAUUCAAUUAAAAACAUCCCAUUCUAAAUAAUAAAAAAUAUAUUAGGCAAGAUUAUAUCCAUAUAAUAAACCUAUAAUAACAUUUGAAACAUAAGUGACAGUAACAUUUAUUUAAUAAUAAUACCUAUUUAUGACCAGCUGAUUAUACAUAAUACAAAUAUAUAUUUAGAAAAUACCUUUUACAUUGGGGCUUUAAUAAUGAUUAAGUAGAUUCUGUGAUGAUUGCAUUAAAAAACCAAAUAUUAUAUUUGUUUGAACACAGUAUCAAAAUAUUUGACAUCCAUACUGACCACUUAUGUAUUCAAAUAUGUAAUACAUACUUAAAUUAGGGCUCUUCUUAUUUUUCAUUUUUGCAUCAGACCGCCAUUCGCUUCUGUUUCUCAUAUAAGCUUUUAAGGGUUGCUACCCCGUGAACAAAGUUUGUAACAAUGGUGCACAUCAACAAUAAUCCCUUCUUUUGAAUGUGAAAAUUUUCACGCAAAAGUAGUAAAUGAUAACAAAAACAAACUACUUUGUUAUCAUACGUGAAAUUUAAUAUUUGUGAGUUUCAGUUGUGGAAGGAAGGAAGUUACUUAAUAAAUUUUCAAAAAUA